AUGGCGCACGGGAUGGACGACAUCGUGAAGGUAUCAAGAGAAAAAGAAAGUCUUCAGAUACAAAACGAAAAGUUGGUGGUCGAGAAUCUUCGACACAAACGUUUCGUUCCUAAGCUCCAUGCUUCCAUCACCAAGCUUGCUGCAGACCAUCAUUACCUCCGGCAGGGGGUUGCGAGCAGUUUGAAGGAUGCAAGAAAGCUGUUCUUUGACUGCUUCUCGUCCAUCUCUUCGUGUGUUGAACAGAUUUCGAAGCUUCAGGGCGAACAAUUAUCAGAAUCUGUAGACCAGCUGAACGACUUGAGGUCCGAGCUCGCAUCACUUGGCUCACGGAUGGCUAAGAAAGAGCAGGAGAACAGCAAGCUUGUUGCAGAGAGCAUGCAUCAUGCCGAAGCUCUUCAAAGGUUGAGAGAUGUCAUGAAAGACUGGGGGGUUGACGACAAGUUAGAGCUUGAGGAUCAGAUACGAUGCGUCAUACGAAGCGACCGGGACAAAGACAGCAUCAUUGCAAUGCUGCAACAAUCGGAGUCAACAUCAAGCAAUGAGUUACAGAAUAACAAAUCGAGACUGAUUGAAGUGAACAAAGCGAUGAAUGAGCUGGAGAAGGCAAACGCCUUCCUUGCGACGAGGAGAGGAAGUUUAGAGAACGAGAUCAAAACCACCAAAACCAACGCGGAGCGAGAGACGGCGAAACUGAGGCGGGAGAUUGAGGAGCAGCAGAGGAAGAUUGAGCAGUUGCAGUCACAAAUAGACAAGAGUGCUCAGGAGAUGCGUGCUGCUGAUUCUCAAGCUGCGAAAGAGAAGGAGGAGUUGAGAUCUGCGAUCAAGGUGCUGGAACAAGACCUCAAGAAUGCACAAGAGGAAACCCACGAGCGGAAGACCAUGGAGAAUCAAAACAGAAAGAGGGCUGCAGAUGCCUUAAAAGCCGACAAAGCCGCUCUGACCGUGCUGAACAAACGCGUGGAGGAGCUGGAAGAGGAAGUGAAGCAGCAGCGGGAGGUGCACAAGGCUCGAAUCAGCGAGCUCGAAAACUUCUACCAGAAACAGAUUGCAAAGGCAAAGAGUCAGGCUGAGAAGGCAGCGAGAUUGGCGUCGGACAAGCAAUGGCGAGACAAGCUGACCACCAUGGAGAGGGAGAUGUAUGAGCAGCGGCUGAAGGACGGAGAACGGUUGAGGUUCGAAUUAGAGUCUCAGGCGCAGAAGAUUCGAGAAGACAGCGCGCAUCACGAGAAGGCUUUCCUGCUAAAGAUCGAGGAGUUGACCUCAGAAGCCCGCGAGCAGCGAGUCAGUUUCAACCGCAACAUGCAGGAGGCGCAAGAGAGAGAGCGUGAGCUGUUGAAUCAGGUAGAAGAGCUGCAGAAGAAGAUCGAGGAGCUGGAGGAAGAGCGAUCGCACGAUCAGAGCAGGAGGAACACAGAGCUGUCGUCCCUCGUCAUGAGCAUGGAAGACUCUCUUCACAGCAUCAGCUCAAAGCUCAAGCUCAAGGAGGACGAGAUCGCUGCUCUCAGAAACAUCGUCCAGCGAGAAUGCCAGGAGAGGCUCGACCUGCAGGCGAAGCUCAAGCAUCUUCAAGCCAUGCACGGGCGACCAGACGGCGAGCAGGAGGCUGUUGACUCCCAUCGCUCUCCCAGCUGUCCUCCCAUGCUCUUCUCUGAUAAGCGCGAGAGCGGAUGGGGACUACCCACCAUCAACCAUCGCGGACCAUCGCCUGCUCAGCUUUACGACGCCAGGGUGACCAAGGAGAAGCUUCAGAUGCAAGCGCGAAGUCGACGAUCGAACGCUUGA